AUGGAGUCUGAGGAACUGAAGCAAAUAGUGGUGAUAAGAGACGAAGUUCUAGGCCUUACUGGCAAAAUGAAAACUGAAAAAUCACCGGGUCUGAAUGAUACUAUACGUUGUCCUGGGAAGGUGUGGACGGAACCAGCUUCAACGAUUCCAGUGGGCCAGAAUAUUACUAUAAACUGCCAUUCCGAUAAAGAUGUCUGUCAGAAUGCUAAAAAACGUAUGCUUCUCAAUCAAAGGGAGGUCGAGGACAGAUUGGUGUUGGUUAUAAACAAAACUACAGUUCAACUUCAGCUUCAUAAUUAUAACAUUUCAUUUUCCACAGUCAUUUGUUAUAGUGUAUGUCCUCCAGAAAAAAACCAAAUAAUAUGUGGAACAGAAUUUUGCGUGGGCCAUUCACCGGACAUGCCAGCCAACUUAACCUGUGUUGUAUAUGAGUAUUCGGAUAAUAUGACAUGCACUUGGGACCCAGGCAAGAACACACAACUAAGCACUAGGUACAACCUAUAUUUGAAAAGUUUUCAGGGAGAAGAAAAUAAAACAUUUCCGGCAAACAAUGCUUCAGGUACCAUCCCUCUGAGUCAAAUAUGGAAAAACAAAACAUUUUAUGUUGGGGUCUGUGCUGAAAAUCACUUAGGAACGAACUGCUCAGAAGAACUGUAUGUUCACCUUGAUGAUCUAGUGGUACCAGCUACACCCAUUAUUAUCCAGAUUAUAGACUCUCCAUUAUUUAAGACUACAAUACAAUGGGAAAAGCAAACUGCAAUCAAUGAGACUUAUUGUGAAGAACGAUACAAGGAGAAGACAGGCAAAACUUGGCAGGUUAGAAAAUGGGGUGCUGACUUUAAAAGGGAACAUCAAACUGAGUACAAUUUAGAUGCAUACACGGAGUAUGAGUUUCAAGUUAGAUGCAAACUAACUCAUGCCCAAAGCUUUUGGAGCAAAUGGAGCGAAUCUGCAGUGCAUAUGACUCCUGAGGCAGGUGAGUUUCACUGCUCUCUCUUCCCUGACCUCCAUGUCCUUUUUUCAGCUGUACAGAGAGGACUAUUCUACCAGGAUGGCUACCAACAAACACUCUUUUUGGCAGGGCCAGUGUCGGCACCUGCAUUGCCGGGGAAAACUCAAGACACAUAUAAUGGUCCAGGAAAUAUGUUUGCGGUUACCAACGGUGAUGGUGAUGAUGGUGGUGUUCUGUGGGGAACUGGCUUUGGAAUGUUCUUCUUAUUUAUAAUUAUUUUGAGUUUGAUUGCUACAAACAUUAAGAGGGUUAAAACAGCAUUUUGGUCGAUAACACCGAAAUGGCUUUUUGAAGAUUAUCCUAGAAUGCAGAACAGCAGUGUGAUCAAAUCACUUCAGGGGGAAAAUGGUGGCAUAACACACAAUUCCACUGGGUUGUUCAUCGAUCAUGAGGAUGCUGUCGUAACUGAAGUGGAGGAGACACUGGUACACAAGGAGUAUAAGGUUGUAGAUCAUAAAGAGGAAACUAGAGAAGCAGUUCUGGAUAAUGUUAACAUUCCAGAAGACAUACUGUUUGUUGGCAAUUCGGACACGACGGAGGAAAAUGGCUACAAACCUCAGAUUUCCAGCCCAGCAGUCUUACAAGACAGUACUUAUGAAAUACAUUCGCAAAGCCCAGAUAAAAAACCAAACAUCCCAGCUUUGCCUGCGAGUAGUUUAAUAAAAGAUUUCCCAACUCCCAUGGCUACCACAUGGCCUACUGUUGGUACCAAUGAAAAUACAUUUUUAUUUGAUAAAAUCAGUCUUGUUUUGAACAACAGUAAAAGUGGACAGAGCAACAUGGUCAGCUCAACAGAUGAAGAGCCACAUACGCCAACAGAAAACCAGUGGAAGCCCCUACUUUCAGAUGAAGAUAUUCAAGAACAGACCUUAAUACCAGAUGAACUUCUCUCUUGUUUAAAUGCUGUGAAUGAAGAUUCUUCCGAUAUAAUGUCUUACUUUCCUCAAAACGUUGCAAAGUGACUUUCUUAUUAGGACUGAAUAUAAGAUGUCUGCAACCAUAACAAAAUUCUGCAUUUUCAAAUAGAAUAACUCAAAGUAUCCUCAACAUUCUCAGUUCUCGUCCAAUUUAAAAAACAAAACAAAACAGCUGCAGUUGCAACCAUGGCAUUAAUUUCUCGUGCCCCUUUCUUACCUUGAGAUGAGACCAGAAUGCCAUCUUCUGAAUCCUCUUCUAAAAGGCAAAAUAUUUCAUCAUAUGAGCCUAUCAUGGUUAUCAACUGCAUCGACUGCAGGGUUUCCAGCUAAGCAACUGCACAGCAAGUAACUACAGAUAACCCAAGUGAGCCAAAGCCAGGUAAAGGCAAAGAUAUCUCAAGAUCCCUAUAGUCUUGCUGAAGGAAAAAUUAUUCACAAUUAUGAUGAACAGCAAGAUAAGUGUGACCCAAAUCAAGACAUGGAGAAAUUUUUAUUUGGUUACAAUUCCACCAUACCUGACAUCUUGUCUCUAUAGUUGUAUCAGUUUCCAAUGCCACCAGGAAGGGGAAGAAUCUAAUUAUGAGGCUCCCUGCCCCCAGUUUAUCAAACUUGAUCAAAAAUGUUUCUAAUAGGGGUCUAUUCCUUUCCAGCUGCAAGCGCCUGUUCUUCUACAGUUGCCCAGUUGGCGUAGACCCAUGACGGGGCCUUUUCAAUGAUGGUUCCCUGUUUGUGGAAUUCCUUCUCUAAUGAGGUGUUUCUGCUUCCAUCGUCAUUAACUUUCCAGAGGAAUUUGAAAAACAUUCCUCUUUACCCAGGCAUUUGGUGGCUGCAGAAUACUGCCAUGAA